AUUUUCAUCACCACACAUUAAAAAAAUCUUGGCAACAUUGUAAUUUUGCCAUCAAUUUACGCAUACUUCGCAGUUCUUGUUUUUAGCAGAAAGAUAUUGAUUUCAGCAAACUUACCACGUCAUGUUGUCCUAAGCAAGAAGCAAGAAGAAGACUUGCUUCAUUGUCUCCUUUUCUAAAUUUCACAUUGCGCCACUCAUAAUAAUGCUUUGGACCACCAUUUGUCUUUAUUCGAUUUUUCAAAUAUUCCUUUUAUCCACACCCCUCCUUGUUAAAAUGCUUGAUUGAAUUCAACUCUUGUGUUUAUAUGCAUCUAAUCAAGACCUCAUCGAAAUCAGCCAUAUGUAGUUGUUUUGUAUGUCCCAUGCAAAAAAUGUGCACAUCUUACGUGGGUUUUAGUGUCUUUUAUGCAAACUUUAACUACGAUUAAUGGGGUGCAAUGAAUUGAUUGUUUACAUGAAUAUGAGUGUAGAGGCAACAUAGUAGAAUACUGUAGAACCUAAUUUGCCUUUAAUGAAGAUGCUUUUUGACAUGGCGUUUAUAACUUUAUCUCUUAAUCAUGUGCGCAUUAAAAAAGUUAUUUAAUAGACGCGAAGUCUUAGUCUUUUAAAGUUUGAGGCUCCCAAAUGAACAAAAAAAAAAUUUAUAUAUAUCUAUUCAUUCUUCUGGAUGCCUCAAAAGCUACCUCCCUUUUCUAUUGAUCUAAAAUGUUCAUAAGAAUGGGUGAUGUGGGUGUUUAGUGGAACAUCUUUGUGUAACCUCUCCAGCCUGUUUCUUUUACCCUUUUUAUAAGAUUAGAAUUUAGAAAUAUUAUUGAAACCCAAUAUUACCUUUUUUAGUCCACUGAAGUUGGACUACAACACAAGUCUUUAAAUAGAAACCGGUUUUCAGCAAAAGGGAUGUUCAUGUGCUCAUAAUUUUAUUCUGUGAAAGAAGAUAGCAGAGGGGUCAAACUUCAAAGCCAUUUACUACAGAAGAAGAGAGCAAUGAGAGCAAUUAGUGCUUCUCCUCUUUAUCUUCCUCUCUUUUUUCUUCUUUUUUCAACACUGUUGUAUAGACCCACCUUUGCUGCUAAAAGGUCAUAUGUUGUGUACCUUGGAGCUCAUUCACAUACCUUUCAACUUUCAACCAGUGAUUUAAAUCGAGUAAGGGACACUCAUUAUGAGUUUCUUGGCUCUUGUUUAGGAAGUAAAGACAAGGCCAAAGAUGCAAUAUUUUACUCAUACACCAGACAUAUCAAUGGUUUUGCUGCCAUACUUGAAGAUGAGGAAGCUUCUCAGAUAGCAAAGCAUCCCACUGUAGUUUCGGUGUUCUUGAACAAAGGACGACAAUUACAUACAACAAGAUCAUGGGAUUUUAUGGGGCUUGAAGAUAAUGGUGUAAUUUCUUCCAGCUCGAUCUGGAAAAAGGCGAGUUUUGGUGAAAACACUAUCAUAGGAAACCUUGACACAGGUGUUUGGCCAGAGUCAAAGAGCUUUAGAGAUGAAGGAAUGGGACCAAUUCCAUUGAAGUGGAAAGGAGCAUGUAUAAAUGGUGCAGAUGCUACCUUCCGUUGUAAUAGGAAGCUAAUAGGAGCACGAUACUUCAACAAAGGUUAUGCAUCAGUAGUGGGACCCCUAAAUUCCACCUUCAAUUCCCCUCGUGACCAUGAAGGGCAUGGGUCCCACACCUUAUCAACUGCGGGAGGCAACUUUGUAUCCGACGCCAGCGUAUUCGGGUACGGGAAUGGAACAGCCAAAGGCGGAUCACCCAAUUCUAGAGUUGUUGCAUACAAAGUUUGCUUUCCACCCGUGAAUGGAAACGAGUGUUUUGAUGCAGAUAUAUUAGCAGCAUUUGAUAUGGCAAUUCAUGAUGGUGUAGACGUGUUGUCUGUAUCUCUUGGUGGUGAUGCUGUCCCCUUUUUUAAUGAUAGUGUUGCUAUUGGCUCUUUUCAUGCUGUUAAAAAUGGGGUUGUUGUUGUUUGUUCUGCGGGAAAUUCGGGACCCGAUGAUGGUACGGUGUCUAAUGUUGCCACGUGGCAGAUUACGGUUGGUGCUAGCACCAUGGAUCGACAGUUCCCGAGUUAUGCCGUUCUUAGCAAUAACAUGAGCUUCAAGGGUGAAAGUCUUUCUGCUAAAUCAUUACCAAAAAACAAAUUCUUUCCAAUUAUAAGCUCUCUAGAUGCCAAAGCAGCCAAAGCAGAUGCCAAAGACGCGCAGCUUUGUAAGGCGGGAUCACUGGAUCCAAAAAAAGCAAAAGGGAAAAUCUUGGUUUGUCUACGUGGCGAUAAUGCCAGGGUGGACAAAGGGCAGGAAGCUGCUUUAGCUGGUGCUGUUGGAAUGGUUCUUGCAAAUAAUCUUCUUUCUGGAAAUGAAAUCAUUGCAGAUCCUCAUGUCUUUCCUGCUACACAUAUUACUUACACUGAUGGUCUUGCUGUUUAUAGUUUUCUUAACUCCACCAAGAAUCCAAUGGCUUACAUUACACAUCCAUCAACUAAAUUGGACACAAAGCCAGCUCCUUUCAUGGCAGCUUUCUCAUCUAAAGGACCUAACACCAUCACCCUAGAGAUUCUUAAGCCAGAUAUAACUGCACCCGGUGUAAGUAUAAUAGCGGCUUACACAGAAUCACAAGGGCCCACAAAUCAAGAUUUUGACACACGUCGUGUUCAAUACAAUUGCGUAUCAGGAACUUCCAUGUCAUGCCCUCAUGUUUCCGGAAUCGUUGGCCUUCUAAAAACCCUACAUCCAGAUUGGAGCCCAGCCGCCAUUAAGUCCGCCAUCAUGACCUCCGCAAGAACACGGGACAAUGCGGUAGAACCGAUUACAAACGCAUCACACACAAAAGCAACACCGUUUAGCUAUGGAGCAGGACAUGUGCAACCAAACAGAGCCAUGGACCCUGGUUUGGUUUAUGAUUUGACCACGUUUGAUCAAGAAUUAAUUUAG